UCUGAGUGGAUCACUUCCAAUGAUCACGAUGCGAUCAGACUCAUUGAUUUGGCUGUGAUGUGGUGUUUGGCUGAACCUCCUCAUCCUCUCCGCUCCGACGUCUGCGCUGAAAAGGUGAACGCUUUCCUUCUUUCUUUCGGCCGCUAUGAGACGAAUAACGGGGAAGGCGAAGGAUGAAACUUUAAUCGAGCUGCAGAGCGCCACCGACUGUCAGACUGGAGAUGGUCCUGCAGUGCUGGCAGCGUUCAGGAUAAACCUGCAGUCAGAUGAAAACAGUGGCAAUCAUGUCAAUUCUUCCUCUGAAGCAGAGAUGCUGCCUGGACAGACAGAAACAGAACGGCUACAACCCAGUAAAGACACCGUGUUCUUCAGGGACGGCGUUCGCCGGAUCGACUUUGUGUUGUCGUAUGUUGAUGACAAAGAUGGAGAAAAGAAGCAGGAAAGAAGGAGGGAGUUUGAGGCCAACCUUGAGAAAGCAGGACUGGAGCUGGAGACUGAGGAUAAAUCUGACUCAAAAGAUCAAAAGACAUAUUUCUUGAAGAUCCAUGCUCCAUGGGAAGUACUUGCAACCUACGCUGAUGUCCUGAAGAUCAAGGUUCCAUUCAAAGACAGCGAUAUCCCACAUGGUCAGGACGUCCCACUGGAGUGGCUCUCACGUCCCUUCCGCCUGCCUCAUCCCAUUAUGCAUCCAGCACCAGAUUAUUUUACUUACCCCUUCGACAAGAGCAAGACUGACUUUUUCCUCAUCAAGGACAAAGAUACAUUCUUCCCACCAUCCACAAGAAACAGAAUUGUGUUCUAUAUCCUUGCUCGUAGUGCAUACUGCAAGGACGGUCAGAGAGAUAAAGGCAAGACCGGAAUCAAACGAUUACUCAGUAAUGGGACCUACACAGCUGCCUACCCACUUCAUGACUCUCGAUAUUGGAAAAGGGCAAGAAACGCUGAAUGUGAGAGUGAGCGCUACAAUCUGUACAAGCACUGGGCCAGAUUUCUCUGUUUUUACAAGGAACAGCCUCUCAAUCUUAUCAGGAAGUACUACGGAGAAAAGAUUGGGAUCUACUUUGCCUGGCUGGGAUUCUACACAGAGAUGUUGUUCUUUGCAGCUGUAAUGGGCUUUUUGUGUUUUGUCUACGGAGUGCUUAGUUAUGAUGACAACGUGUCAAGCAAAGAAAUAUGUGAUGUGGCUAUUGGAGGCAGUAUUGUGAUGUGUCCGCUUUGUGAUAAAAAGUGCACCUUCUGGAAGCUCAACUCCACAUGUCUCUCAUCCUGGCAAUCCCAUCUGUUUGAUAAUGAGGGAACGGUGUUCUUUGCCAUAUUUAUGGGAAUUUGGGUCACUCUGUUUCUGGAGUUCUGGAAACGACGCCAAGCCCGCCUGGAGUACGAGUGGGACUUGGUGGACUUUGAAGAGGAACAGCAGCAGCUUCAAAUCCGACCAGAAUUUGAGAUCAGAUGCACGAACAGGAGGCUCAACAGGAUCACUCAGGAAAUGGAGCCGUAUCUCCCCGUCACCAGCAAGUGUGCGCGGUUCUGCCUGUCAACAGCCACUGUUAUCUUCUGGAUCUCUCUGAUCGUGGCCUGUAUUAUUGGUGUCAUAGCGUACAGGCUGGCCGUGUUCGCUGCCUUCGCGAGCAUCAUGAAAGACCCCAUGAGGAAGAUCCAGUUGGUGGGCAACCUCAUCACACCGCAGCUAGCAACAUCUGUCACGGCUUCCUGCAUCAACUUUGUCAUCAUCAUGAUCCUGAACUUCUUUUAUGAGAGGGUGGCCAUUUGGAUCACUGAUAUGGAAAUCCCCAAAACCCAUCUGGAGUAUGAGAACAGACUCACCAUGAAGAUGUUCCUGUUCCAGUUUGUCAACUACUACUCGUCUUGUUUCUAUGUUGCCUUCUUCAAAGGCAAAUUUGUGAAUUAUCCUGGUGACUACUCGUACAUGUUUGGCAAUUGGAGCAGACUGAGGAAUGAGGAGUGUGACCCUGGAGGCUGUCUUAUUGAGCUGACCACACAGCUGGUGAUUGUCAUGACAGGGAAACAAGUGUGGGGAAACAUUCAGGAAGCCCUGCUGCCGCUGAUUUGUAACUGGUGGAGCAGCAGAAAGGGGCGACAUAAUCCAGAGAACCACUUCAGCCGCUGGGAACAAGACUAUGUCUUGCAGAACUUCACCCAGCUGGGCCUGUUCUAUGAGUAUCUGGAGAUGGUGAUCCAGUUUGGCUUCAUCACUCUGUUUGUAGCCUCUUUCCCCUUGGCUCCUCUCUUGGCUCUCUUCAACAACAUCCUGGAGGUCCGAGUGGAUGCCUGGAAGUUUACCACCCAGUUCAGACGGCCAGUUGCAUCAAAAGCCCGAAACAUUGGAGCGUGGCAGGAGAUCCUCAACGCGGUGGCCAUUUUGUCUGUUGUCACUAAUGCAUUCAUCAUGGCAUUCACCUCGGACAUGAUUCCCCGUCUGGUCUACCUGUAUGCCUACAGCAAAGAAGCCAGUAUGAGGGGCUACGUUAACAACAGUCUAUCAAUAUACAAUAUCUCUCAGAUCCGUGAGGAAAACAUUCCAGAGGAACCACCUGACUGGUUUGAUAACUCUACCACCACCUGCAGAUACCGUGACUACCGUUAUCCUCCAGGACAUCAGAGGGAGUACACUCAUACUAUGCAGUUCUGGCACAUCCUUGCAGCCAAAAUGGCCUUCAUCAUUAUCAUGGAGCAUGUGGUCUUUGUGGUGAAGUUCUUUGUGGCAUGGAUGAUUCCCGACGUUCCAUCCGAUGUGAAGGCCCGGAUUAAACGUGAACGCUUCCUGAUUCAGGAGUACCUCCACAACUACGAGGUAGAGAAGCUCAAAAUGCAGCUGAGCGCCAGUUUCAUCACAGACCCCCCCUCGGAGUUCUCCUGUAUAUCCGACAAGCACGAAAUAUUGUCAGAGUGCCUCUAGGCCCUCCUUCACACUGCCAAAUGUUCCAUCCAAGAAUGCCUGUUUGUGGAAGUUUGAUUACUACAGAGACCAAUCCAACGGAAGGGCUUCUGUGCCAUAAGGACAUUAUUAUCUUUUCUUGUCGGACUCCGGCAUUUGGAUCUGUGUAGGUUGAGACAAAUCCCCAGUGCAACAAAAAAUUAGCCUGUGUAGCAUAAAAUGAUUCCACAUCAUACUGUAGAUUAAUAUCAACUUGGACAGCGAUUGUGAGUACAGUUUGCUGUCACGCUUUCCUGUCAAUCAUUCUUUCCAACCCACCUGUCGUGACUGAGAAGGAAAAAAAAGAACAACUUUUGUGUAAUUUCUGGAAAAUUUGUGAUACUGAAUCUGUGAAUAUGUGUAAUUACCAAUUAAGAAGAGCAGAUUAACUGUGUGCAUGUGAUCACUGUCAUUAGGGUGAAGCCCAAACACGCUGCUAUAGAUGUCAGCUGUGAAAGCCUUUAGCCCACGUGAAGAUUCAUAUCAUUUACAAGUGUUACGCACCGCUUACCGUUUCCGCUCUUUUCUCUGUGAAUGUGCAAAAGCAUUAUUCUGAAAUCUUUAAAUGGGCUUAUUUCUCACAAUGUUUUAUAACGAUGUUUUAAACAGUAUUUCCACCAAUGCACAGCUGCAAAGAAGAUUGUCAGUUUGUUUUUUGUUUCUAGAGAACCUCUUUAAAACUGCAGUUAAGACCAAGUAAUAAUCAGACUGAUACUGUAAGGUGAUCUAUUCUGCCUGAGGGUGAUAUAUUUAAUUAAUUUAUAAUGACACAGUAGCUGGAACGUUAAUGGGUUAGAACCAUCAUCUUUAGUAAUCUGUUAACGUCAUAGCAGGUCACGUGUUCUGUAGAUAGUAUGAAGAAAUAUUUAUAGUUCACUUUUGUGCAAUUUUAUUGAUCAAAGGUCAGUUUAUGGUCUGAUGCAUAUGUUUUCCGGGGGGCGGAGAUGGAUCUCUCAUCAAUUUAACAGCAGUACCAAAUAUCUUACCUUUAAACCUCUUUGUCUUGUCCAUGCCAAAAAAAAAACCUAUCUGCUGCAAUCUUUGUGCAAGACAAAUCCACGCACAUCUCUCUUUACAUCAUCUUAGUAUUUGUCUCAUGCAAGUGUUUUAUAAAAGCUUAUCAAUCUCACCCCACUCUGUCAGUGGAUUUAUUUAUUAUUAUUUUGUUUGUUUGUUUUGCUUGAGACCUCUGUGAUUUAUGCUGUAUAUGAAAAUGUCGCUGUGAUUCCAAGUAUCAGCAAGUCAAAUUUGGCAGUCAAAAAACUAGUCCGAUAUUCAUUGUCUCAGGACAAAUGCGCCGCUGUCGUCGGACACAACGUGCAGAUGAAGGUUUUGCAAUGUGUAUUGCAAAAAAUGCAUGAUGCUUUUCCAAACAAACAAUGAAAAAAGAUGCCUUAAAUGUGUGUUUACUUGUUUUUCUACAAGUGUGCAAUUUCCUGUUUGAAAUUUGAAGUUUGGUGUUAUUCCUUGUAAAGAUUUGCGUGCCUCACUGUGCAUGAAGUGCUGUUUCGUGAACCACGGUCUAAUUUUACUGUAGCCUUGUGUACAUAAAUAUAGUUAUGAUGUUCAUAUUUGCAAUAAAUGAAGAAAUAAGUUAUGGAA